GCACCCGCCUCCUCUGUUGGCGGUGUCGAGGCGGGAGCGUUGGGAGCCAUUGCUGGCGGUGGCCGGGCCUCCGAGCGCUCAGCCACGGUCCGAUUUGCUUCCCGGAGAGAAGAGGCCGGGGAGCGGGGCGCGUGUGUGUGUGGAAAAAACAGGCGAGCACCACCGAGGCCGAGGCCCGUAGCUCAGUGCGGCGGAGCAGAGAGAGAGAGCGAUGGCGGAUUUCGCGGCGGCUACGGCGGCGCCUCCGCACGCAGUGGGUGCCGGCGCGGCCGGGCCCGGAGCGGCCGGAGCCGCCUUCAAAAAGCCGGACGCCUUCGCCGAUGCUGUGCAACGGGCCCGGCAGAUAGCUGCUAAAAUUGGAGGUGACACUGCCACAACGGUAAACCACAGUACACCAGAAUUUGGAUUUGUUGGUCAAAAGAGACAACUGGAAGAUGGAGAUCAGCCUGAUAGCAAAAAAAUGGCAGCACAAAGCGAUCCAAUUGGAGCUCAGCUUGCAGCCAUACAUCAGCAAAGGGCAACUCUUACAGAGGAUUACAGAGUACCAGAUGGGAUGGUUGGUCUUGUUAUAGGUCGAGGUGGGGAACAGAUAAACCGAAUACAGCAGGAAUCUGGUUGCAAAGUACAGAUUGCUCCAGGGCCAAAUUGUGAUGAAAGUGGAGGUUUGCCAGAACGAUGUGUGUCGUUGACUGGAAAUUCAGAGUCAAUUCAGACAGCGAAGAUGCUGCUGGAUGAGAUAGUGUCCAGGGGUCGAGGUGGGCCACCGGGUCAGUCCCAUGAUUCCACGAAUGGCCAAAGUGGAUCUAUUCAGGAGAUAGUAAUUCCAGCAGGGAAGGCUGGACUAAUUAUUGGCAAAGGUGGAGAGACCAUCAAACAACUUCAGGAGCGUGCUGGAGUGAAGAUGAUUUUAAUCCAAGAUGGUUCACAAAAUGCUAAUGUAGAUAAACCCCUCCGGAUUAUUGGUGAUCCUUUUAAAGUACAGCAAGCUCGCGACAUGGUAAUGGAGAUCCUUCAUGAACGUGACCAGGGAGGAUUUGGGGACAGAAAUGAGUUUGGCAACCGGGGUGCUGGUGGUGCUGGUGGUUUAGAUGUACCAGUGCCGCGGCAUUCAGUAGGAAUAGUGAUUGGAAGAAGUGGAGAAAUGAUCAAGAAAAUACAAAAUGAUGCAGGAGUCCGAAUACAGUUCAAACCAGAUGAUGGGUCUACGCCAGAUAAGAUAGCGCAUGUAAUGGGGCCUCCAGAGAGAUGCCAGCAUGCUGCACAAAUAAUUACUGACCUUCUGCAGAACGUGCGGGCUGGGCCACCUGGUCCCCCAGGGCCUGGAAUGCCUGGUCCUGGCCGAGGAAGGGGCAGAGGUCAAGGCACAUGGGGCAUGGGCCCCCCUGGAGGAGAGAUGGCCUUCUCAGUCCCCAGCCACAAGUGUGGUUUGGUCAUUGGUAGAGGUGGGGAAAAUGUGAAGGCAAUCAACCAACAGACUGGUGCUUUUGUGGAACUGCAGAGACAGCCCCCUCCCAAUGGUGAUCCAAACUUCAAACUGUUCACCAUCCGUGGGUCGCCCCAACAGAUUGAUCAUGCCAAGCAGCUCAUUGAGGAAAAGAUAGAGGGUCCUUUAUGUCCUGUCGGCCCCCCGAUGCCUGGUGGCCCUAUGGGACCUUUCCAGCCGGGACCCUUCACCCAAGGACCCCCAGGAGCUCCUCCCCCCCAUCCUGCUGCUGGUGGCCCGCCUCCUCCACACCAAUAUCCUCCUCAAGGUUGGGGAAACACGUACCAACAGUGGCAGCCGCCUGGACCUCAUGACCCAAGUAAAGCUCCUGGAGAUCCAAAUGCUGCUGCCUGGGCUGCUUAUUACCAACAGUAUUAUCAGCAGCCUGCCGCACCUGUCCCACCCCAACAGCCAGCUGCUGCUCCACCUGGGCCAGAUCCGACACAGCAGCCUCCAGUUCAAGGCCCCGGAGGUCAACCUGACUACACUAAAGCGUGGGAAGAAUAUUAUAAGAAACUAGGCCAACAGAACCAGCCUGGCCAACAGCCAGGUCCCCAACAGGAUUAUACAAAGGCAUGGGAGGAGUACUAUAAGAAACAAGCUCAGAGCGCCCAGGGGGCGGCGGCAGCGGCGGCAGCAGCAGCACCACAGCCUGGAGCCCAGCCGGAUUACAGUGCAGCCUGGGCUGAGUAUUACAGACAGCAGGCAGCAUACUAUGGGCAACCAGGGGCGCCACAGCCCGCCCCCCAGCAGCCACCCGCACAACAAGGGCAACCGGUACGUCCGCAACCCCCUCCUCCCUACAGGUUUUAGCUCUCUGUUCUCGCAGCAGUGGUGCCUGCUGGGACAUGGCUCUGCCUUCACUCAGUGAUCACGGUACUGUGGCUACAACCAACUAAAACCGGCUUGUAAAUUCAGUCUACAACUCGGUUGCUCAGACCGGGCAGCACACAGUCAAUGGGGAGACUGCAUACGUACAUCCACUUGCACACUUUCUCCUUUCCUUUCUCUCUUUUCCCCCCUCAAUGAGUUAAUGCUCACUGGAGCCAACACAUGGAAUAGUUCCAUCUUGUAUUUAAGCAGUGAAAGGAUUAGUAGUAUAAAUGGUUGAGGCUUUACUUCCCCAACAAAAUGUUGCUACUUCAUGUUGAUGGCACUUCCCAGAGGCAGUUCAGCCUCAUUAGUGAAAAUGGGCAUUUUCUCUUGCUAUUUUUUUUACCUUUUUCUGCACAUUCACUAGUCAUCAGUUCUGCCUCUUUCUUUCUUUCCUUGGCCUUUUUUUUUAAACUCUUCCCCCUCUUUUUCUCUCUCACUCUCCCCUCCCCCUCUUUUUUUUUUGUCUCUCACUCUCUAUUUCUCCCUCGCGUGUUUGGGUUAUUGUGCCCAGUGUUAACAACAGUCUCCCAAUUGUGCUAAGUCAUCAGAAGGGUAAACGUAGGAUGUCUGCUGUGUUCAUUCAUCACAUCAGAAAUGGGACGUUACAUGCUUCCAGAACAUGCAGUCACAAUGAUCCUACUAACAGUGACCAAAGUUACAUGAUUCCUGAACUGGCACUUCCGACGAUAAAAACCUUGUGAUCAAUACUUGUACGCCGUUUCUUUACUCGUAAUCCUCGAAGGUUCGAUGAAGCAGGAGAAUAAGACUGGUACACAAGUCUUUCGUGGCGAGAUGUACUACUUUUGGGUGGACACAGACCUGUUGAAGAUUUUCAUUGACAGGCAUUUGAGGAUGUGAUGCAUCAGUGACUCCGGAAACCAUCUCUGACUUCAUAUCUUUCCCGUCAUGUGUUCUGACCUUCUGGUCAAAGUGGAACUUGCAAAGUCUGUUUGUGUGAUGGAUUGGAAGUAGCACAUAAAUGCCUUUACUUUACAGGUUCUUUAAAUGGAGUUAAGUUGUAAUCUCGGCCUACUGUGCUCAGCUGCAGAGACAUCAGAUCUUUCACCACAGGAGGUGGCUGUUUGGCCAGUUUGUGCCAAUGCUCGCUCAUUGAAGGGGCUAACUAGUUAUCCCAUUCUUCCCAGUCCUGUACGUACAUUUUCCCUUUUCAACACAUCUGGUUUCCUGAAGCAGACACAUGUAACAUUUUAAGAAAAAAUGCCAGUUACUGAUCAGAAGCCUGAACUUUAAUGCAGAUAAAAUGCCCUCUGACGUCAGGUUUAUAAAUAGCUGGAAUUAGCUAGAAUUUGUCCAAUUAGAUCAGUGGCUUUAGGUUAGACCUAAAUUUUAACCAUGGGCAAUGCUGAGAGAUGAUCCUGUGUUUUAGAAUCACGUUGAGCCCACAGAACAGAGAUGGGCCAUUGGGACUAGCUGUUCUAUACUAGUCUUCUACUUCAACCCCUCCAGCAUAACCACUCUUCUCCCUCGUGCUUCUCCAGCUUAAGUGCAUCUGCUUUUGUCUCAACUCCUCCUGCGGAAGUGUGCUUCCUCUUCUCGCUGCUCUGGAUUUCUCUGAAUUCCCUGUAGGGUUUAUUGUUGACUGUCUUAGAUUACUAGCUCCUGCUUUUGGUCUCGGCAACAGAUGGAUUCAACUGCAUCUACCCUAUCAAAACAUUUCAUUAUCUUGUAUCAGGUCGUUUUCCUCCCCCUCCCCCUGCCCCCACCUUCCCCUUCCCCUUUUGUCUUCCAGUGAAAGGAGCCCCUGUGUUCUAUCUUUCUGAUGGCUAUAAACCUCUUUGUUUUGGUGUUGCCUUUAAAUCUUUUUUCACUUUCUUCACUGCCUCUUUUGUAAUGUGGAGACCAAACCCCCGCAUAAGUGUUCUGUGAAGGAAAGUUCUGCACAUUUAACAUCUCUGAUUUUCAUUCUGUACUUAUAGAAAUGAACUCUGGUGCUUGUUUUGCAUUUUUCUGUGGCCUUGUUAACCCGUAUUUUGUGCUUGUGCUUUGAAUCCCUCUUUCUCUACCCCUUUUUUUUUUAAGACUCUUUAUCCCAGCAAUAUGUGGCCUUAUUUUUCCUACCAAAAUGUAAUACCUCACACUUUAUUGAAAUUCAUUUGCCAUAGCAAUGCAUCAUCUGACAGGAUGGAUUCCCUAUUGUGUCACCCCACUAAUUUCCACAUUAAAUAUUUUCUCUCCCACAGACACAGUGAAGCAAACGGGGGACGAUUGCAGUAUCGUCGGGAAGAAUAUUCCUUUUAACAAUGAUGCAGACUGAUGAAGAUCCAUAGGCUUAGGUUCCCUAUCACUGUUUAAAGAAGUUCAUAUUGAGCCAGUGUAGGAGAUAGAUUAAGCUCAGCUCCAACUUCAGAUUCAGUCCGUCUACAGGAGAAAAAAAUACAAAAAAAAAUGGAGGGGGAAAAAGUGAAAAAUUCAGGGUAAUACUUUUUCGUUUUUAUUUUAAAUAUAGAUCACUUGGCUUUUAGUUGAAGAUAGUUGAACAUUCCAGACAAUGUACUGUUGAAAUCAAAUCCAUUACACUGAAAAUGGCUGCUGGUCUGUUUUUUGCAUCUUGUUGUCUGUUAAGGUUUAAAAAAACAAUGUAAGCUUGGUUUUUACUUUUUACCGCUCGUUUUACACUUCACAAUAAAUGAUAUUAAAACAGUG